GGAGGAGCUAGUAAGGGCAGUGCCAUCCUCAGAGGCUCCCCCCUUGUCAAAAUUUCCAGAACAGCUUCUGAAGACAAGACAAGAGCCAUUGUCCCUGUGGCUCGGGGACAAAGAGAAUGGGAGAGGAAGAAGAUUUGCGACAUAAUGGUUACAGGGGAUGUUGACAACGUCAAGCCAAAUAUCAUGCUUAUUGCUUUACUUCCGAUCCUUUAUAUUGUCGCACCAUGUAGUGCGUGUUAUGCCAUGUUGCAGCUCGAGCUAUGGCUAUGGUAUUGCUCUGACAGCUACGAUUCGGGCUUCUGCUGCAUGAAGCAAAAGUCCAAUCCAAAAGAGCCGAUGACCCAACUUUCCCCCGAUUCCUAUGGCAUUCGAAACGAGCUGCUUGCUCAAAAGAUUGAUGGUUCAGGCGGAUAUCUACAUGUACCCGAAGCGCCGGGCUUGGGAACAACUGUCGACGAGCAAGUUUUCAGUAGACUAGCAACCAUUUAA